AUGACAACCAGUCUGCUCUCUGCCCGAUUGCCUUAUACAAUGCCCAUAUCUCUGGACGACGAAAUCCUCAACACUGAAUCACCUGCAUACAACGCACCCUUUGUAAACCGCUCCACAACCAUGCCUGCUGCAUCUGCUUACCGAGACUUUGCGCAAAACAACAACAAUACCAAUAACUUAGUAGACUCUGGAAGAACCAACAAUCACACAGGGAGUUUAUCAGCAAUGGACCGUGUACAUAACCUGUUCAAUCAGGUACAUAAUACCGUAUUUCAACUCGCAGCAAAAGCAUGGAACUUAUACUUCCAAAUGUCUCUGGCAAACCGUGCAAUGAUCCUGGUAGGCGCUGUGUGCGUCAUGGCCGCUGGUAUCCUAUUUCUCGUUUUCCAUGAACAAAUAUUUAAACUUCUCGUGGAUUUCGCUCAAUCGUGGAAACAACUCCCAGCUGGGCCAUACAUUAUGUUUGGCCUAAUUGUUCUCAUCUCAUUCCCACCAUUAAUAGGUUACUCAACUCUCAGCUCGCUCUGUGGAAUGAUGUACGGGUUCCCGGGCGGCUGGCCGCUCCUUGCUUCUGCUACCCUCAUCGGUUCAACAAUUUCGUUUCUUACUUUUCGCUACCUUCUCUCAGGCUUUGCGUCUCGUCUUGCCCACUCGAACCGAAAAUUUGCAGCCCUUACAAAAACCAUGGAACGUGAUAACUUUGUUUUACUUGUAAUGAUCCGCCUAUGUCCUCUCCCAUACUCGCUUUCCAAUGGAGCUCUGGCCUCAAUUCCUUCAGUUACCCCACGAUACUUUUUCCUUUCAACGGCCCUAACCUCUCCUAAACUCUUAAUUCACAUCUUCAUAGGCGACCGUAUUGCUCGCCUAGGCACAGAAAAGGACACCGCAACCAAGAUUGUCGACGUCCUAUCAAUCUUUCUUGCAGCCAUAUUUGCCGCUGCAACUGCUUACACAAUUUAUAUCCGCACUAUCGAGUUUGCUGAGCAUCCUGACGGUGAGCCAUAUGACACUCUCGAACUCGGAAGAGAUGAUGAUGACGAUGACUAUGAAAACUUCAUUGACGACGAGCUUCUUUCCCCAGAAGACUCUUUUGCAGUUGAAGGAGAUCGAGCCGUCCCACGUAGAAACUUGUAA